UUCGGGCACAAUGUUUAUGGGUGGUAAGGCUUGCUAUGAAAAACCUCUUUAAUAUACAUAAGGUAUGAUACUAAUAGUUUAAGAAUCCCUCACUCGCUUUGUGGUGCUUCAAAUGGCAAUGACAGCUAUGAUGGCAAGUGCUUGUUCAACUGGUGCUCUUUCCUUCUUACUGUCACCUUAUAUCAACUCGAUUUACGUUCAUACCCCCCAACGUUUGAUCCAGAGCGAUAAAUCACCGUCAAUUUCCCCUAAUACAUUGAUCUCAAUUGACACUUUGGAUUUCUUAGCCCGUCGUAAAACCACCACACUUCAUGUCAAAGACCUUUUGCCCACUAACUCAUCCGUUUUGACAUGGACAGUUAAUAAGCAAACCCUUAAAAAACAGUAUGCUUUGGAACAAAUGAAGGGAAUUGAACCUAAAAUCAAACAAGAUCGAUUUUGGUUGGAUCAAAGGAAUGGCACUGGAGAUAGAGACAUCAUGUCAAGCAUAUUACGUAUAGUUCAUGAGCAAGGACGUCAAAGAUUUUUAUAAACAAAAAUUAUUUUAUUAA